AUGGAACAAGAAGACCGUCCAUCCAAGAGGUUCAAACCAUCAGCUAUUGAUGAGCAGCCAGAGCUUACUGAAGCGAUUCCGACAGCCGUAACAAAUGGCUUGGCAUCUUUGCACAGAUCCAUCACUCCUCCUCCAUCAUCACGACCCCGUACGGAGUCAUCUGUGACUCGAAAAAGCUUUUCGCCCAAUGAAACCUCCAUUCAAUCUGCAGAGUUGACUAGUCAUCGACCGCAGUUGAUCCCAUCUCCCAUCCAGCUCACUCACAUCCGGGACCUUUCUGCUGCCUCAGGCAACAAUGUCGACACAGUUCGGUUGAAAGAUAUCCUUGGGGAUCCCAUGAUCCGAGAAUGCUGGCAGUUCAAUUUCCUGUUCGAUGUGGACUUUCUCAUGAGUCAGUUCGACGAGGACGUAAGACGCCUGGUGCAGGUCAAGGUUGUCCAUGGAUCGUGGAAAAAGGACGCCCCGAAUCGGAUUCGGAUUGAGGAAGCAUGUCCCCGAUAUCCGAAUGUUGAGGCGAUCACUGCCUACAUGCCCGAACCGUUUGGGACACACCAUUCGAAGAUGAUGAUCCUACUUCGUCACGACGAUCUUGCGCAGGUGGUCAUCCAUACGGCAAACAUGAUUCCCGGCGACUGGGCAAACAUGUGCCAGGCCGUCUGGCGGUCUCCUCUUCUCCCGCUGCAACAGGCUGAAAGGGAACCGGAGGGACCUGGAGCCAUCGGCAGCGGCGCUAGAUUCAAGAGGGAUCUCCUCGCCUACCUGAACGAAUACGGCGUCAAGAAAACAGGGCCCCUGGUCAAACAACUCGCGCGCUUCGACUUUGGUGCAGUUCGCGCCGCUUUGAUCGCAAGCGUCCCCUCCAAACAGAGGCUUAGCUCUCUGGAUUCGCGGAGGAAGACGCUAUGGGGAUGGCCCGCUCUGAAAGAAGCAACUCGCCAGAUACCUCCGGCUCGGAGGGGGCAGGGUCAAACUGCAUCACAUAUCGUCACCCAGAUCUCGUCAAUAGCUUCCCUCGGACAAACAGACAAGUGGCUCAAAGACAUUUUCUUCGCUUCGCUUUCACCCUCCUCCGCGGCGAGGGACCCCCAACCGAAAUACUCCAUCAUCUUCCCUACCCCCGACGAGAUCCGCCGAUCCCUGAACGGCUAUGGAUCCGGCGGAUCGAUCCACAUGAAACUGCAAAGCGCCACACAGCAGAAACAACUUCAGUACAUGCGGCCAUAUCUGCGCCGCUGGGCAGGAGACAGUGCGACCAGCAGCAAUAGCAGAGGCAGCAGCUCGAUAACCCCCCAACGGGAAGCCGGCCGCCGGCGCGCGGCACCACACAUCAAAACGUACAUCCGCUUCUCGGACGCCGAGAAGAUGGACACGAUCGACUGGGCGAUGGUGACGUCCGCCAACCUGUCUACCCAGGCGUGGGGCGCGGCCGUCAACAAUGCCGGGGAAGUGAGGAUCUGCAGCUGGGAGAUCGGAGUGAUGGUGUGGCCGCAGCUUUUCGUCCCCGGUGAUGCCCAGCAAGCGGUGAUGGUUCCGUGCUUCAAACGCGACCUCCCGCGGCUUCCUCCGGAGGACGUGCCGGGCUGCGAUGUCCUCGUCGGGCUCCGGAUGCCAUACGAUCUACCCCUGACCUCCUACAGGGCGGACGAAGUCCCCUGGUGCGCUACAGCUACGCACACCGAACCGGACUGGCUGGGCCAGACAUGGGAAGGGUGA